UAAAUCCUGCAGAAUAUGAGUCUUAUUAACACCAAGAAGAAGCUUGAGGCUGAUCUGCUCCAGGUUCAAGGUGAGGUGGAUGAUACAGUCCAAGAGGCCAGAAAUGCAGAGGAGAAGGCCAAGAAGGCCAUCACUGAUGCUGCCAUGAUGGCUGAGGAGCUGAAGAAGGAGCAGGACACCAGUGCUCACCUGGAGAGGAUGAAGAAGAACAUGGAGGUGACUGUCAAAAACCUGCAGAGUCUGGCCAUGAAGGGUGGAAAGAAACAGCUCCAGAAACUGGAGUCCAGGUCAGCAAAGUUUGGCAACAACACUGAAAGUUCCCCAAUGCAAUUGCUGCAAAGGUAUUGGCUGCACAUUGUGCCACUGAACCAUAUCCCUACUAGCAGAAAUCCACUGUCCAGUGUCCCAGAGUUGAUGGGACUGAACCUGCUGUGCUCUCCUGCUGGUGUAGCCCACACCCAUCAAGGUUCACUGAGUUGA